AUGGAGGCGCCAGAGAAGUCGGAGCGGGAAUCGCAGGAGCGUCCCGAACAUCCGGAGCGUCGCCCAGGUCCGAGUGGUCCUCUGAGGGCCAAGGCAAAGACACGCCGGCAGUUGCUGGAGGCUUAUGUGACGAGGGAAGACCAGCACCGCAAGAAGCACUACGACUUCUGCAGCAAGCAGGUGCUGUCGGUAUACACCACAUUUCCGAGACCAUUCUUUUCGCGGGAGGACUUCCGCAGCCACCAGGCCCAGGCUCCUCUACAAGCUUUGCACCCACCGGUGCAGCCCACGGCCACGUCGGUGACAGCUUCCGUGGCCCGCAGUGAAGAGGAGCGCCCCGAGCGCCCGCCGGCGAACGACUGGGGCCGUUCGCCUCGUUUUCCAGUGUUGCUACCCGACACGAAGGAAAAUCUUGCUCCGGAAGCGGUCUCGACAGUUUCGACCCCUCGAAAGGUGGAUCGGCUCCUGCUCCUGAAGAUCUCGCCCGCCUGGUCAUUCGGAUGCCAGGGAGUGGGCCGUCGCUACCCAG